GGGAUCGCAAACAAAUCUCACUGUCCUCUCUCCCCAAAUAUUCCCACUUUUUUCGUUCUUCAUUUACUAGUAAUAUUCUUUUCCCCAGCAUAGAAGACUUUUCUCCGUCUGACCUGGAGCCACACAUCAGCCUCCCUCGAUAGUUUAUGGUCGUGUUUGCUUCUUAGCUUUGCAUGGAGAUGGAGUUUGAAUAUCAGGAGGGGUAUAUAAGAAGUUCAAGAGGAGUGCAGCUCUUUACAUGUAGAUUGUUGCCUUCGGAUUCCUCUUCUCCAAGAGCACUUGUUUUCCUCUGUCAUGGAUAUGGCAUGGAGUGCAGUGGUUUCAUGAGAGAAUGUGGAAUCAGGCUAGCACGUGCUGGAUAUGCUGUGUUUGGGAUUGACUACGAGGGGCAUGGACGGUCCGCUGGUUCCCGUUGUUACAUCAAGAAGUUUGAAAAUAUAGUGAACGACUGCCAAGAUUUUUUCAAGUCAGUUUGUGCUGAGGAAGAUUACAGGUACAAGGGCAGGUUCCUGUAUGGAGAGUCCAUGGGAGGGGCAGUUGCCCUGUUACUCCACAAGAAGGAACCUCUGUUCUACCAUGGCGCCGUUCUUGUUGCCCCUAUGUGCAAGAUAUCGGAGAAAUUGAAGCCACAUCCGGUAGUUGUUAAUAUAUUGACUGGUUUGGAAGGCCUUAUACCGAAGUGGAAGAUUGUUCCUACGAAAGAUGUCAUUGACUCUGCCUUCAAGGACCCACUUAAGAGAGAAAAGAUAAGGAACAACAAGCUGAUAUACCAGGACAAGCCCAGGCUUAAAACAGCCCUGGAAAUACUCAGAACUAGCAUGAGGGUCGAGGAAAGUUUAAAGCAGGUGACGCUACCAUUCGUAGUGUUGCAUGGUGACGGAGAUAAAGUGACAGACCCUGAAAUAAGCAAGGCCUUGUACGACCGAGCGAGCAGCGAAGACAAGACCAUGAAAAUGUACCCCGGAAUGUGGCAUGCUUUGACAGCGGAAACGGGAGAGACUGACGAAAACGUUGCUGUCGUAUUUGCCGAUAUCAUAGCUUGGCUUGACGAGCACACUGCCGAGGGAACUCUUCUUGUCGAACCAUUGCAUGAGACUUUCAAUGUUGGCAUAGAAAAACUUCCAUCUCCUCCACCUACGACUGAGAAACAAUCACAUCGUUUCUAUCUCUGUGGAUUUAAGUAACCAAGCACGCUUCAUUCAGCCAUGUAGCUCCUUUCAUGACUGUUGUUCAAGAGCUAGAUGUUCUCAUAUGACCUAACAUGUGAAAAUUAUGUUCAUAGAUGAAAGAAG